AUGCUUUCAAAGAAAGUAUCGUGUUCUGGUGGCGCCACAAUUGGUGCGUCACCGAGCACAGCCCAAUACCGUGGGAACCAAGUCGUGCCCGACCACAUCGACACUGCCAUGACUGCCUUGGCAUUGGCGGAUAAAAUUAUUUACAGGCCCGGUCAACGUUCCUUAGCUCUAGCCACUCAUCCGCUGGAAUUUACGCACCUCCGUUACCUGAACGACACCAGCCACAAAAAUAGGGCCCGCUCAGGCAUCCUCAUCCUCAGACCACAUGUCCUCUUCAGGCAAAGAGGUGCGUCCACUGUAUCUGGUCAUAGGCGUGACGGACAGUCGCCUAAUACGUUGAAAAGGUCCGGGUAA